CUAGCAUUUAUCUCCCCUACAGAGACUCCCUAAGCGGGCGUGUUGGUGGUGGUGAUGGUGGUGCUAGUUGAAGGAGAACCACGACCAACAUUCUUUAAGGGUGAUGACUAUGGAGGCGGCUAUGGUGAUGACUAUGGAGGCGGCUAUGGCAAAGGACAUGGCAAAGGAUAUUGUGAUUGUGGAGGUGGAUAUGGCGGCUACGGUGGUGGAUAUGGCGGCUACGGUGGUGGACAUGGCGGCUAUAGCGGUGGACAUGGUGGAUACAGCAGUGGUGGAUAUAGCAGUGGAUAUGGUGGCUACGGUGGUGGACACGGCGGAUACACAAGUGGUGGAUAUGGCGGCUACGGUGGUGGACACGGCGGCUACAGCAGUGGUGGAUAUGGCGGCUACGGUGGUGGACAUGGAGGUUAUAGCAGUGAUGGAUAUGGUGGUGGACAUGAGAGUCAAAAGAGACAGUAUCAAUGAUGGAGGGCAAGUCAGCACUACUGUUGGAUAUGGUGAUAGUGGACACGCUAAUACUGGAUACGCUGAAAGUGGACACGCCAACAGUGGACAUACUGAGAGUGGACACGCUAAUACUGGAUACGCUAAUACUGGAUACGCUAAUACUGGAUACGCUGAAAGUGGACACGCCAACAGUGAACAUACUGAGAGUGGACAUGCAGACAGUAGUUAUGCUGUUAAUAGCAACUCUGGUCACAACUAAGGUGGAGUUAAGAUAUUUGUGGUGGUUAUUGUUGUUAUAUGUGUAAAUAAAGUAUUGCUUGUUUA